AUGAAUUCACUUAAUUUAGAUGCAAUCUAUCAAGCUAAACGUUUAUUCAAUGAUAAUAUCUCAUUCAUAUAUCAUAGUAAUAAUUAUUCUAAUUUAAAAUUAAAUGAAUUACUGAAUAGAAAUUUGACAUUAUUUUGGACAACUAUGCAUCAAUGUUUAGAUUUAAAUGACUUAAUACAACAACAAGUGAUUUUAUUAAAUCAUUCUAUUGUCAUAGCAACUAUAAAUCAAACUAGUCAUAAUUUAUUUGCACCAACACAAUUACAAUCAUUAUAUACAUGGUGUAAUUUAGGUAGAUCAACAUGGUUUACUAAUGUAUUUACAUUAAUGCAUCAUAAUUCAUGGCAAGAGAAAGUAUCUAUUAAAUUACAAAAAUAUUUAUUACCUAUAUUAUUAUUCAUGAAUCGUUUAAGUCUUCUAACAUCUAUAACAGGUAUUUAUCAUCUAUGUAAAUUAUCCAAUAAAUCUAAUCAAAAGAUCAUGAUCUUAAUGAGAUGUCAAUCUAUUAUAGAAAAUUAUUUCCCAGCAACAUGGCCAUUAUUAUUAUGGUAUUGUAUUAUUGGUUUAUUAUGGUUAUUAUUAAUAUUUGGUUUAAAUAUGAUGACAUCACAUCAAUAUUUCAAUAUUCAUAUUAGUAUCCAUAGUCAUGAUAAUUAUUGUCGUAUUAUAACUUAUUUAAAAAAUAUAUUAAGAUAUAUACCAACAUGGUUAAUGAGUUUAAUGUUAUGUGAUCGAGCUAUUGGUGAAUAUCGUAAUCGAAAUCAUAUUUAUACAAUGAUCAUAUCAUGUAAUCAUCAUGAUGAAUCAAUAAUCAAUAAAAAUCGAUUAAAUCAAUUAUCUAGUCAAUAUUGUAAUCAAUGUAUUACUAAUCAAUCAAUCAAUAAUCAAUUAAUAAUCCCUAAAAUAAUCUAUAAUAAUGAUAAUAAUAAUGUAACAUCAUAUGAUAUGAAUGAUCCUGAUCAAUAUCAUUCAUUAUCAAAACGAUCUUAUUUUCAUACCUUUCUAUUAUAUUUUAAAAAGAAAUUAUAUUUUGAUUGUAUUCUAUAUGGAUUGAAACAAACAUCUAAAAAACAAUUUCAAUCAUUGAAUAGAAACAAUGAUUACGUAAUAUCAUGUAAAGAAUGUAGUAAUCCUACUACUAAUCAUGAUUAUGAGAGAUUAUUAAAUGAUUUAUGUCAUUGGAAUGAAUGUGGUUUAAGUCGAAUAGCUGUCAAGAUAUCUCCCUGUCUUGAAAUGGUUAAUAAUAAUAAUGAUGGUAGUACACUAGUCACUAAGGUAUAUCAUAAUACUAUGAAUUCACUUAAUUUAGAUGCAAUCUAUCAAGCUAAACGUUUAUUCAAUGAUAAUAUCUCAUUCAUAUAUCAUAGUAAUAAUUAUUCUGAUUUAAAAUUAAAUGAAUUACUGAAUAGAAAUUUGACAUUAUUUUGGUCAACUAUGCGUCAAUGUUUAGAUUUAAAUGACUUAAUACAACAACAAGUGAUUUUAUUAAAUCAUUCUAUUGUCAUAGCAACUAUGAAUCAAACUAGUCAUAAUUUAUUUGCACCAACACAAUUACAAUCAUUAUAUACAUGGUGUAAUUUAGGUAGAUCAACAUGGUUUACUAAUGUAUUUACAUUAAUGCAUCAUAAUUCAUGGCAAGAGAAAGUAUCUAUUAAAUUACAAAAAUAUUUAUUACCUAUAUUAUUAUUCAUGAAUCGUUUAAGUCUUCUAACAUCUAUAACAGGUAUUUAUCAUCUAUGUAAAUUAUCCAAUAAAUCUAAUCAAAAGAUCAUGAUCUUAAUGAGAUGUCAAUCUAUUAUAGAAAAUUAUUUCCCAGCAACAUGGCCAUUAUUAUUAUGGUAUUGUACUAUUGAUUUAUUAUGGUUAUUAUUAAUAUUUGGUUUAAAUAUGAUGACAUCACAUCAAGUGGCUAUCACCCCAUUGCACAAGCAAGUGGUUAUAAGGACUCAGUAGCUAAGUGGAUAACGCGAUGGCGUUUGGAGCGAACGGUACUGAGUUCGAGUCCCAGAGUGAACAUCAACUCUGAGAUGCAGGUACAUCCAGCUGACGAGUCCCAAACAGGACGAAACGUGCGUCCUGGAUUCCACUGCUAGCCACUAUCCAUCUCUGCUUAUAAUGCUUGUAAAUUAAGGCAAUAUCGAGGCAUACGCACAGUAUGCACAUUUGCCAAUAAGAGGCUGAUCAACUUCAGUCCUAAAACAUCAAUGGGAAGAUUCAAAUAAAAAACAAUAUCAAGUGAAUUAAACCACCAAAUUGGUUUUAAAAAUAUCAAAAUAUUGCAAAAAGGCCUUUCCAAUUACAAAGAAAGUAGAGUGGCUGAAGUGUUCCAUAUAAUGCUUAAUAGAAAAGAAGGCCUUACCAUACAUCCUACUUGGACUGUCUAUCCUAGCCAUUCAGUCUGAUCGUAUUUACAAUUCACACUACGAGAUUACAAAUUAAACUCUAUCCUUUCUUACCAUAAAGGUCACACAAGUUUUCAUUCUUAAACAAUGCACACAUACAUUCACAUACAAAUUUACAUACAUAUCACUUAUGAAUCACAAAGACAGAAAUGACAUGAAAUUAACUUGUUCAGACCUGUUUUUUGAUUAAUCAAAUAUUAUUGUUGCAUCGUUCCGUUGUACUAUUUAAACUUGGAUUAAUUUUAAUUUGGUUAAUUAUUCUCUAAAGAAGUGACUUACACUUAGUCACGAAACGUCAGAAAAUCUAGUUUUUCUACUCAUUGGAAUAUGACAAAUAUAUUAUUUUUUAUAAGAUAUAAGAUGGUUGAAUGAAAUGGUCAGUAAAGAAACAGGAGCUAGGCUACGGGUACUCAACAUAACUGUAGUCAUCUGGAUAAACUCCUGAAAACCGAACUAACAUAUCCUAAUUCACAAAUCACACCAUCUUCAAGUAUUACCAUAGUAACACAUGAUAAUGUUCAUCAUUGUUCACACAUAACAUUGUCCAUUUCAUUCAUACCUGUAUUAUUUUGGUAGUUUGUAAAAUAUGACAAUUAUCAUGGAUCUUUAACUGCUGAGCCUGAUGAUGUAAUCAAUUGUUCGUUUAAAUAUACCUUGUGUUUGCAUAUUCUGUGUGUAUUUUUCAACCGUUAGUUUUAAGCAUCAUAGCCGACCAUCAAUUCCUCUAUUUUAUCACGUCAAUCUCCUCUGAUAUAUAAUAAGAAUGUAAAACACGGAUUGCAAAUCAACGUACCCGAAUGGUGGUUUAUGAAGAUUGUAGUAAUUUAACGGUGGAAUUCAUGAUUCGAUCAAAGCUGGACCACAAUAGAGAAUUAGGAAGCAAUUGAUGGUCGUCUUGUUCUAGUAUGGGAUUCGUCAUCGUUUGCUCACUGGUGAUUGACUUCAUGAUGAAUUUCACGGAGUUCUACUGAGAAGACGUAACCAGUGGAAGUCAACUGUGUUUGCUGUGGUGCGUGACCGAGUUUUUGCAUGCGUAUUACUUCACGAACGUCAUAACUUCAUAAAUAUCUGAAACGAUAAAAAGCAUAGAUUGGCUAAUUGUUCUAUCAUAAAUAAAGAAUCUUUCGAAAAAUGGAAUAUUGUCAUACCAAUUGUACCUGUGCUUGUUUAAUAUGCUCUUUGUUUAACUGUGCUAAUGACAGCUAUAUUGUGCUUCCAUUAUUCUGCUUACAUUUUUGAUUAUGACUUCGCGCGAAUUCGGUUACGUUCUGUAACCAAGCUUGUAUCCUGGCACGAUCUCGAUAUCCUUUCGAUACCACGAGAUCGCCAGUGAAUAUUAUCUCUAUUUGAUCCAUUACCUGCCUUCUGAUAUUUGGCUUCCGGGGGAUUUUAUGGAUUUAUUUGGCACGUGUCUCUCUGUAGCGGUGUUCAUAGACAAUCUCCACUUUCACACCACGCUACAAACUAAUGGCUCGAUAAGGCACGGGAAACAUGUACGUUUAGAGAUAAGUGUCAUCGAUGACAAGCAGUUAUACACGAGAGUUAAUACAGGAGAUUCGAUAAUGAAAGUAGUUAAAGAGAGAUAUCAAAAAUGUUGAAGAGAUGC